AUGGUGUCUGGUCUGAUUUGCGUGCACCGGCCGAUGGCAGAUUUGAGAGCUCACAUUUUAUCUGCCGAUACGUAUGGAGAAGGUGCUAGCCAUACAGUCGGUGAUAGCAACGACCAACACGCUUCCCAUAUGUUCGCUCGCAGAUUUGUAAUCCCGAGGUUUUCACCGGUCAGAGGAUGGUGGGUGAAGCCAUUAGUACUUUCUGCGGCCAUCCCGCUCUAUUUCUCCACCACCUACGCUGCCGAUUCAUCCAUCUUCCAAGAAUCUAGCAUCACUGUUGACUCUUCGGUUCCACCUUUUCCAACAUCUCUGGACUUGGCCUCCAAAUACGAGCUUCUGGGCUACGGAUCGAGAUCCGUAACUUUUCUCAAGUUCAAGGUUUAUGCCUUGGGGAUUUAUAUUAACCAGCAGGAUAUAUCUAAGAUCAAACAAAUCUGGACCCCAGCCUACCUGAAAAGCGUGAAUUCUCCAAAUUUAGAGGAAUCUCUAAAAAAUCCCAAUUUAUCUACAAUUCUGAUAGACAAGUUGCUGACUUCGGGUGUGAGGUUUACUGCCAAAAUUACGCCAGUGAGAAACACUGAUUUCAACCAUUUGAGAGAUGGUUUGGUAAAGUCUGCUAUGGCACAUCCAAUGGCUAAGGAAGCGUCUAAUGCAAAUGCUGUGGCCGAGGGAUUAGAUCAGCUGAGGGCCAUCUUUAACUCCAAAAAGGGCUCUGCUCCAAAAGGCACCAACUUGUUCCUCGAAACUCUGGCAGAUGGAAAAUUGCGUAUAUCUUACCAGGACAAGCAAAUGGGAAUUGUUGAAGAGCCUCUGGUAUCAAGAUUGUUAUUUUUGCAAUAUCUAAGUGGAAAGUCUCCUCUUAGUGAGCAAACCAGAGAGUCCAGCAUUUCGGGGUUACUAAAAGUGUAG